GGGGCUGCGCUGCUGACGGGUUACAAAGGGCUCUGCGCUGAGGGGCCCAACGGCGCCAUGGCGGCUCCCGCCCUGUGCUGAGGGCGCUGCGCAGGCGCGGCCGCCCGGAGGAGGAGCCGCCCGGAGGAGGAGCCGCCGCUCGCCGCCUUCCUUCCGCCUUCCUUCCGCCGCGGGGCUGCCGGGGGGCUCCAGCCCCUCACCCCAGCGCCAGCCCCCGCGCCUGUGGCCGCUGGCCCCGGGUCGCUCAGCGCCGAGGCGGGGCGGGUGUGGGGCUGCGGAGCGCCCUGAGGGAGCGGCCGCGGCGCUGUGAGGCGGCCAGGCCGGAGAGCUCUGGGGUGGCUUCACCGCGGUGUCACGCUCAGGGACAGCGUAACGGGACUGAGAAGUAAAUGAACACAGUAACCCCUUACACAUCUCACAUCCCGAUUCUGUGGCUUGUGUUUAAGCAACUGCUUCAUCAAGUGUGGCUUCUUGGUCAUUCCUCGCCUGGGCAUGUCCCCUGGGUUUGAUGGUUCGGGUGGCUGAGGGUCUUGCUGCUGUGGUUCAGGUGAAGGAUGGACUCUCUGGAUCACAUGCUCACCGACCCCCUGGAGCUGGGACCGUGUGGGGAUGGCACACGCAUCAUGGAGGACUGUAUGCUGGGUGCCACCAGAGUCAGCCUGCCCGAGGACCUCCUGGAGGACCCUGAGAUCUUCUUCGAAGUGGUCAGCUUGUCCACGUGGCAGGAGGUGCUGACAGAUGCUCAACGAGAGCACCUAAAAAAAUUCCUGCCUCACUUCCCUGAAAACAACAGAGAGCAUCAGAACAAAGUCAUCUCAGCUCUGUUCAGCGGCGAAAGCUUCCGCUUCGGAAACCCGCUGCACAUCGCUCAGAAACUCUUCCGGGAUGGCCACUUUAAUCCUGAGGUUGUGAAGUACAGGCAGCUGUGUUUUAAGUCGCAGUACAAGCGGUACCUGAGCUCUCAGCAGCAGUAUUUCUACCGGCUCCUCAAGCAGAUCCUCGCCUCCCGCAAUUACUUGCUGGAUUUAGCUAGGAAAGGAGGCCCUGACAUGGCCCUGAGGAGAAAGCACUUCACACCUACCUAUGACACGGAAGAACGGGACAGACGGACACACCGGCGCUACUUGAAGAUCCUGAGGGAAGUGAAAGAAGAGUGUGGAGACACUACUGUGUCUUCUGAUGAAGAAGAUCUAAACUCCUGGCCUUCAAGUUCUCCAGCACGUUGUGCCAGUCCACCAAUUCCCCUGAGGGUGAUUCCCACAUUGUCAACCUCAGACAUGAAAACAGCAGACAAGAUAGAACUUGGGGAGAGUGACCUGAAGAUGAUGUUGAGGAAGCACCAUGAGAAGAGAAAACGUCAACCUGACCACCCUGACCUGGUGACAACAGACCUGACUCUUGAGGACAUUAUGACUCGAGUAAAUGCUGGCAGGAAGGGUUCCUUAGCAGCCUUAUUCGACCUUGCAACCCUCAAGAAAAAGGUGAAGGAGAAAGAAGAUAAGAAGAAAAAAAGGCUGAAGAUGAUUAAAUCCGAAGUGGAAGAUUUGACUGACUCUCUCAGCAACACAGAUGGAAUCCCAGCCAUGUCCCGGGAUCAUUCCCCCCUCCCUCUGUCAUCUGUCAAAGAGGAGCCUCUCGAAGAUAUGAAGCCAUGCCUUGGAAUCAAUGAGAUCUCUUCCAGCUUCUUUUUCCUUCUUUUGGAGAUACUGUUUCUGGAAGGACCUGCUACUCUUUCAGUGCUUGAAGAUAAAGUUCUGGAUUGGCAAUCUUCUCCUGCCAGUGCACUAAAUAACUGGUUCUCCUUUGCCUCUAACUGGUCUGAACUGGUUUUACCUGCCUUGCAGUACUUGACAGGUGACAGCAGAGAUGUUCCUUCCAGCUUCUCACCUUUUGUUGAAUUCAAGGAAAAAACUCAGCAGUGGAAAUUACUUGGUUCUUGCCAAGAUCACGAGAAGGAAUUGGCAGCACUGUUUCAGCUCUGGUUGGAGACCAAAGACCAGACUUUUUUCAAAGAAAAUGAAGACUGCUCAGAUGCCACAACACCAGUUCCUAGAGUAAGGACUGACUAUGUAGUCCGGCCUAGCACUGGAGAGGAGAAACGGGUGUUUCAGGAGCAGGAACGGUACCGUUACAGCCAGCCCCACAAGGCUUUCACUUUCCGCAUGCACGGCUUCGAGUCGGUCGUGGGCCCCGUGAAAGGGGUGUUUGACAAGGAAACCUCCUUGAACAAAGCCCGGGAGCAUUCCCUGCUGCGCUCAGACAGACCAGCAUAUGUCACCAUCUUAUCCCUGGUUCGUGACGCUGCUGCUCGCCUCCCCAACGGGGAAGGAACUCGUGCAGAAAUCUGUGAGCUGCUGAAGGAUUCCCAGUUCCUUGCUCCUGAUGUCACAAGCGCUCAGGUUAAUACUGUUGUUAGUGGUGCUUUGGACCGGUUGCAUUAUGAGAAGGAUCCCUGUGUGAAAUACGAUAUUGGACGUAAGUUGUGGAUCUACCUGCACCGAGACAGGAGUGAGGAAGAGUUUGAACGGAUUCACCAAGCUCAAGCUGCUGCAGCAAAGGCCAAAAAAGCUCUUCAGCAGAAGCCAAAACCUCCAGCUAAAAUGAAGUCAAGCAGCAAGGAGAGUUCUGUGAAAGCACUGCCCAGCAGCACAUCAGAGCCCAGCCAGCUGAGCCUUAGUGACUCCAGCAUGCCACCAACUCCUGUCACUCCCGUGACACCCACUGCACCAGCACUGCCAGCAACGCCUAUCUCACCCCCACCCGUGUCUGUGGUUAGCAAGAGUGUGUCUAGUGCUGGAUCCGAGCCAGCAAAACCCAGCCCAAGCGUUCUGCUGGUAUCGUCCCCCACCAUGCCGCAGCUCGGGACGUUGCUCUCCACUUCGCAGAGCUCUCCGGGGCCGGCAGCUCCCCAGCCCGCCCCUUCCCGAGUGCUGGGCCAUCCCCCCGCCUCUGGGCUGCCGCAGGUCCGCGUGGUCAGCGCCCCCUCGGGCCUCCCCGCUGCUUCUGCUCCUCCUCCUGCGCCAGCCCCUGCGGUGACCCAGCAGCAGCAGCCUGCCUCCGUGCCUCAGAUCCGCAUUCCAGCCACAGCCACGCAAACCAAAGUGCUCCCGCAGGCUGUGAUGACUCUGCCAGUAAAAACUCAAAGCAGCCCCGUGCAGGUGCAGAGAGCAGGAGGCUCAGUGACAGGCCAGACGGGCAUCACAGUGACAGGGCUGUCUGCAGCAGCCAGUGCUGCUGGGAAGCCAGUCACCAGCUCUCCAGGCAGUUCUGCUCCAAGCACCUCCUCUACCACUGUCAUCCAGAACGUUGCUGGCCAGAAUAUCAUCAAGCAGGUGGCUAUUACAGGACAACUUGGUGUAAAGACCCAGCCUGGAAGUGGCAUCCCACUGACAGCCACCAAUUUUCGGAUCCAGGGGAAGGAUGUGCUGCGCCUGCCCCCGUCCUCUAUCACCACAGACGCCAAGGGACAGACCGUGCUGAGGAUCACCCCAGAUAUGAUGGCCACCCUGGCCAAAUCUCAAGUCACUACUGUCAAACUGACUCAGGACCUCUUCACAGCAGCUGCAGGAAGCAGUGCUGGUGGGAAAGGCAUCUCUGCCACUUUGCACGUGACAUCCAAUCCUGUCCAGUCGACUGAUUCUCCAGCCAAGAGUAGCUCGGCCACUUCUGCUUCUUCCAGCCCAGCUGGAAGCACAAUGGUUAAAGUGACUCCUGACUUAAAGAGUGCAGAGCCAACAAGCUCUGCUUUCAGACUGAUGCCUGCUCUGGGCAUGACUGUGGCAGAUCAGAAGAGCAAAGCUGUCACCACGGUGGCAUCCACUGAAGCCAAACCGGCUGCUACCAUAAGAAUCGUGCAGGGCCUCGGGGUGAUGCCACCCAAAACUGGGCAGACUAUCACAGUAGCUACUCACACAAAGCAAGCACCUUCAUCCUCAGCAGUCAGCACAGUCCAUACCUCAGCUGUCUCUUUACCAACCAUGAGUGCCACGGUGUCAAAAGCAGUUGCUGUGGCCUCGGGAGCUGCUGGGACUCCCAUCACUAUCGGCGCAGGAGGCGCCGCUGUGCGCCAGGUGCCCGUCAGCACCACGGUGGUAUCGACAUCCCAGGCAGGUAAGCUACCAGCACGAAUAACAGUGCCCCUGUCAGUGAUCAGCCAGCCAGUGAAAGGCAAGAGUGUGGUGACUGCCCCCAUCAUCAAGGGCAACCUUGGAGCCAACAUCAGUGGAUUGGGUAGAAAUAUCAUCCUGACUACGAUGCCAGCAGGGACAAAACUGAUCGCUGGGAACAAGCCAGUGAGUUUUCUAACUGCACAGCAACUACAGCAGCUGCAGCAGCAAGGCCAAGCCACACAGGUACGGAUUCAAACAGUACCAGCCUCCCAUCUCCAGCAGGGAACAGCAUCUGCCUCUACUAAAGCAGUUUCCACUGUGGUUGUAACAACAGCUCCAUCUCCAAAACAGACCCAAGAUCAGCUAUGAACACUGGUUUCAAAAUGGGUUUCUUUCCAAGAACUUCCCUGAGGCCACGGUGACAUGUGACCACCCAGGAGUACCUGGCUAGGGAUGGGACUGGAUUCUGUCACCUUGUCUGUCUGGAGUCAGCAUUUCUCUGUCUAGGUAGAGAAUACCACAGCAAAAGAUGCUCUAAAAUGUUUCAUCCAGAUGUGUAAAAGCCAGGUUCUGUGGCACAGAUCAUAUAAGAAAUGUGUCUUCCUUUCCUUUGUUCUCUUCCCCCACCCCAAAGGGCUCUUUGUGAAUAUCAUUUCUGUACCAUUUGGGUUGUUUGCAGACCAAGCAGCUGAUCUUGGAUCUUCCUUAACCAAGGAAACUUGCUUGGGAGGGGAAAUCCAGGCUUUUCAAAGUCAUGGAGAAGGUGCCUCCUCUUCCUGGAGCCUGGCUGUCACUGCUUUGACACUGGUGACUCGGGAUGGUGGCGUGGACACCAGAGUUUGUUUGUAACAUAGCCUGGAAGUAGGUCCCUAACACAUCCAGUGUACUAUUUAUAGACUUUUAACGUGUUUCUCCCUUGUCUCUGAGCUCAAACUCCUUUUGAACAGACACCACUUCCAUGUCAAACUGCUGUCAAAGGCAGGAUGAGAGCGAGAGGUGGAGGAGACCCAGAAAGUCAUUGUGUGAACAAACCUGUCAGCAAAUGGCAACAUACUGGGGAUGCAGAAAGAAAAGUGUUCACCAGAAGGAUCCUCUAGUUCUCCUUGACAAAGAAACCUUUUUAUCUGUUAAAGGAUGACUGUAGCUGGCUUGAAAAGUUUGGAGUAUGCUUUCAAAUACACCCAAACUACAGUCCUUUGGACUCAGAGCUAUCUUAACCCUUCCUCCUGCCCCUCAGGUUUGUUUUUACCUUUACAGUUUUAUCUCCCUCUCUAAAUUGGUUUGAGUUUUGCACAUACCAGAGAGUGAAUUCAUGGCUGUUCUGACAUGAUCUUGAAGCUUUCUCAACGUGACAUCAGGUGAUGUGUUGGACCAGGAGAAGAAUAAAAGAGUGGAAAGCUUUACCAAUC